AUGGAGGAACGACGGCGUCUUGCGACGCCGGAGAUAACCCGAUGGGUCAAAAAGAUUAAAAAAGAGAUGACCAGGUCCCCCCCGUUGGGGGGCUUUCAAGAGCCGCCAGCGGACUUCCGCCACGGCUACGUCCUGCGCCUCCGGCUUUCUCGCCAUGAGCGAGAGAUGCUGGAGGUGGCAGCAGCCGACGAGGACCACCGUUGCUCUCCCCUCCCCGCCCUCGGCCAGCCCGGUCUGGCCAAGCAGGUCGCUGUCCUGCUUUUCCUUCGGUGGUCCUUCGCCCACCACACCCUCCGCGAGAUGCUCCACCAGUUGGGGGAGGCGGAGACCGACUCGGACAGCGAGUCAACCGAGUUUGGCGAAACCUCGUGGGGGUGGUACGCCGUCGACAGGAAGAGCGAGAAGGAGAAGCGGUAUCAGUCCGCCCUGCUCAUGUCGUUUGCCGUUGGGCUGGCAACACGACUCGACAACGCCCUCCCCUUCGACGCUCGCAGAGAGCGGGUGAAGGAACUGCUCUCCGAUCCAGAGAACGAAGAGUUCUGGGACAACUACCAGAACUGCCACGCGUCCAUGGCCAGCGAGUUGGACAAUGACUAUCCGGAGAAGUUCGCCGUCGCUCCCGUCCCGGAGGACGAAAACAUUUGGCUCAAGCUCGCCAACAAGGUCAUCAAGAUGCAUCAUGUCAUGCGCAAGUGGCCUGGAGUUCACGAAGCCGCGGGUUUCGCUGCCCAAUCUCUCGGAAUCCACAAUAUAGGCCCCGGGUACCCCUUCGACGGCAUCUGGUUCAGAGGUUUCCUUGCCGCCACCUCUCAGGCAACGGCACACCGCGGUAGACCCAACGCCCACUCCCACUGGGUCCGUCUCCAGAACGGCACAACUCGCCCCGACAUUCGGGCUUUCCUGGACUUCGACAGGUUUCGUUAUUCGGUCACGUACCCUCAGUACGAAGAGGAGUGGGUCGAGACCAUUUACGCCUGGGUCGAUGGUGCCGACGUUUGGGACGUAUGGACGUUUUUAAGAAUGAUCCACUGCGCGUCAACUUCCCGAGACAUUACGCCCCGGGAGCAUAGCCUCCUGCGCGUGGCGCUCUACCAAGCAGGACCCCCCAACCUUCUGAAGGAGUGCUCUCCUUCCAUCCUCCAUCCUAAGGACUUUGUGGACGUUGCCCGCUACAACUCGCCCGACUACCAACUCCGCCCCAUCACUUCCCAGAACACCAUCGCGGAGCUCCUCGAGAAGGCUGGCCUCGAGGCGACCGGUAACUGGGAUCUCGUGUCCCUGAAAGCGAUGAAGGAGACCACGUCGUUGCCCGACCAGCUAUGGAGCCUGGGAGGCCAUUACCGACAUGUAUUUUACCUCACUGAAGACGUAACAUCACGCUACCUUGGUAAUAACCGUGACUUGCUUUGUCUGAACAUCCCCAGCAAAUGCGACCCAUGGGAAUGUCCCGGACACUGCAACACUCACGAUGGAGUCGAUGGUCGGGUCGUGUUUGCCCGUCGCAGGUUGGAUCCCGCCUUGUUGUCCAAGAUCCUGGAGCGUUACUGGAUUGACUGGAACGACUGCAUGCUCAUAUUUGGACGCGGUAACGACGGUCGUGGCAACCUCAUUGACGGUAGCUCCAUCUAUCUACUCGAGACCCUCCCCGGCAUCAAGCUUCGCGACUUGAAGCGAAAGACGAGUGCCGAGGCCCGCGGUCUCGCCUCAGCUUGCCUUUACCUCAACCUGAAGCUUGAGCACCAAUACGAAGGUAACUUGGGCCGCGAUACGCUAAAGAGCAUCAUGCGAGAAAGGUACCAGCCUCGUUUCAGCGACUUCACCUGCCUGCUCCAACGCCGGGAGGCUGGUAUCGACUGGACCGAUGCUGUCACUUUUGGCCACGGUCGCUACGGCACAACACAUGAGGUGCCCUGGAAAGUCGGGAGACGGUACGACCAGCUGGGCAAUGUCUCUUGCAACAGAUACGAGACCGGGAUGGUCUUGAUCAGGAUCAUUGCCCAAUCGGAAAAUGAAUCUCGGGCCGCCAGGUAUGACAUGUUUUGCAGUCGUCUCGAGUCCUUCUACGAAUACGUCGCCGGCAACCGCUUCAAGAACGUUGUUCACUUCUACGGCUUUAUGUCGAUCCCCGUCAAGUCCUAUAAAGAUGAUAACGGCAACGAUCAACGGCCGAUACAUUAUCGUCCUAAUUCCAGUGUUCACCGAGACCGGGCAUGGGCGUUUGUGUUUGAGCACACGGAGGGUUCCCUCCUUCAGCUCGUCGGGGACAUGGUCGACGACAGCUAUGAGAGGGAAACUUGGCUCGCCAUCUUCACUUUCCUGCAUGACAUUGGCUCAACCCUGCGCGAUAUGCACGCCACGAUCGGGCCGUACCGUUCCCUCAACCCCGACAAGGUCCUCGUCCGCCUCAAGCGCCCCACCGUCCGCGCCGCCGACUUCAACAUCCCGCACCUGCACGACCGGUACGCCGCACCCAUGGGCACCCCACCAGCCAAUCGCUUCGAAGCCCUGCGACUGGGCAACACCACCCUUCACACGCCAGCAACCGACGCGUACUCCUUCGCGCACUUCGCUCUGCACCUCAUCGACGUGGCCAGCAACGGCCUCUACACGGGCCUGUGCGAGCGGGUGAACGAUCAGCGGGUGGUUUACGUGGAGCUGCUGAAGGGGCUGGAGGAUAUUCUCGCGGCCGAGUUUGACUUGUUGGAGAAGGCCGGUGGCGGUUCUGGGGGUGAUGAGGGUGACGAGCCGCGCACUCGGGUCAUGGACCGCUUCCUGCGGCUGGCGAAGCAGGUGGUGGACGGCAGCGUCGUGCUGGACGGCCAUUACCCCGUCCAGGAGGCGUCGGCCUGGUACCGGUUCUCGACGGCUUUUCCGCGCGUGUGGAAUGUGAUUGGGACGAGAAGGCAUCGUGAGGUGGACUGGUUCCGCCGGGAGAAGGUGCUGCUGUAUUAUAUUUACCGGCCGAAGGAUUGGGGCUGGAAUACGGACGAGCCGAGCAGUGGGAGUGAGAAUGAUGAUGAUGAGGAGGAUAUCUGGGAUGGCUCGGAUGAGGACGACUCGGUGAAGUCGGAUUUCACUGACAUCUACUGGUGGAAGAAGAAGGACGACGAAAAGACGAAGCAGGACGAGCCCAAGCCCAAGCCCACCCCGACCCCCUCGCAGCCCGCGCGCCGCAUCCCGGCGAUGACCACGACCAACCAACCCGACAACCGCCCUCCCCAGCACCAGCGCGAGCACCACCCCCAGAACAACCACCCCCCGCACACCCCCCAGCGCAGGCGCACCCCCAACACCCGCCCGCUCAGCGAUCCCGGCCCCGGCCUCGCCCACACCCAUUACCAUCACCGCCACCGCCAUCAGCGCCCGCGCUCCGCGCCGCCGGCCUCCCCGUCACUCGACGACGCCCACCGCCGCCACCGCCACCGCCACCCGCAGCCGACCUUCUCACACUCGACCGAAGCCGACACCCGCCGUCGCCACUACCAGCACCAUCGCCGGCACUACAGUCAUUACCAGCAGACUCGCCAGAUAUACUAUGAUGCCCGUCGUGAGAGCGGGGGAGUGGGUGGUGGUGCCGCCGAGACGGGGGGGAAUCCGGAUGAGGAGCGUUUUCUGGUUGAGGGGGUUGCUGCGCGCGAUUUUGCGGUGCGCGGGUUCGCUGUUGUUUGGGGUGGGGGCGAGGAGGAGGAGGGGAGGGAGGAGGAGGAGGUGAGAGGUGAGUAUGGGGAUGGCUGUGGGGAUGGGGAGAAGGGUGAGGGUGGGGGUGUGAGUGUUGGUGGGGAUGGGGAUGCCAGUGUCGACGAGGGUGCUAGUGGUGGUCCUAGCAGCGGGGAGGGAGGUGAUGUCCCGACAUUCGAGGAGAGGGCCAAGGAAGGUGUGGAGGGAGAGGAGGAGACGGGCGGGGAUCCGGGUCAAGAGCGCUUCCUGGCCGAGGGGGUUGUUAUGCGUGACUUUGCGGUGCGGGGUGGGGAGGGAAAGGUGAGAAGGGCGGAUGGAGAUGGAUAUGGCGAUGGGGGUGGGAGCGUGAGUGCUGGUGUUGAAUGCCAGGAGGGAGAUGACCGGGAUGAGAUCCUGAGCUUUGAGCAGUGAGUGAGGGAAGGUUGCUUGCGAGGAAGCAAGGUCAGGACGGGAUAAUGCAUGAGAACGAAGGGGUUGUCUGCGGGAGGGUACUGCGGACCUGGGAUAGGACUCCCAUGGGAACACCCAAGAGGUUGCUGUGGUGUAAUGAUCUAAACGCGAAUAGUUAUGCGGCCUAGAAAUCCAAUGCCACGCCAGGACCACACUUUACCUGACGAUACCAAAAGGGGAAAGUGACCACGCAUAAUGGGUAGCAUUGUUGAACACGUCGAACACUCGGUGUAAACCCCUGACUAGCCUGAGUGGCCCUAGAAUUGUUGAGUUAGGUUGGUACUUGUACAUACCUGGCACUGCCAAGAUGAUGCGUGUGGAGAGGUUUGUCUGGACAAGUCAACACGACGCAAAAGCAGCCGACGGGGGUGGUCGGGGGCA